AUGAAGCGUAUUAAUAUUCCAACAUCAACUAUAGGGUGUCUAUUAUUAUUUUUGUUGAGCUCCCAAAAUGGUCAAUACGAGUGCAUGAAUAUAAAGGGAUCAUCAAAUAAUGGAAGUGAAAGCAAUGAAACUGUUAAGGCUCAAAAUGGAAAAUUAAAUACACAAUGGAGUGAGAAAGGAUAUAAUUUUAUGGAUCUCAUAAAAAAUGGCUAUGUGGAAAAUAAAGACUUAGAUGAUAUUAAAGAUGAUCUAGCUUCUGAAUUAGCUACAAAAAUACAAAAUACCGUAACCAAUUAUAUAAAAGAAGACCACGAUGAAGGUGAGAUAAAUGCUAAUGAUAUAAAAAAUUUGAAGAUUUAUGUAAAGGACAUUUCUGAAUAUGUAGGCUUAAAAGCAGCAGAUUUAUUAGAUAAAAAUUUAGAAAAUGCUCUUAAACCUAUUAUAGAAAAUAAACCACAUGACAAAUCCGACAAUAAAUUAAGUAACGAAGGUACAAGCAGUUUUAGAUUUAACAACGAAAUUAUUGACGAUGAAGACCCUGAACAAGAAAUUGAUCAUUUUGCAGAUGAUUUAACUGAUGACUAUGAAGUUAAGCAACAUGAAAAUUUAGAACACUACGAAAAGGAAAUAAAUCCACAUCAUUAA